GAGCCAGCGAAGAUUUUUUCUGAUUGGGGAAAAACCUAAGUGAAGAAGAGAGACAAUACAACAACAACAACAACAACAACAACAACACAAAAGCAGACCUCAAUUUCUUCACAAUUCUGAUCUGGGUUUUGAGAAAUUCGGAAUCUUUCUUUUUCUCGUUUGGUUAAUGCCUGGGAAUCACAGUGAGAUUUCAUUGAAUGAACAAAACAGAGUCGAUGAUAACGAUACCAAGACGAAGACGACGACAAGGAAGAAGAAGAAGAAGAAAGAUGUAACAAUCGUUGAUGAUGACGAUAAUCAAUUCGAUACCACCAAUCAAUUGGUAAAGAGUAAGAAUCGAUUUUUAGGUAAGUUUCGUAAGAAACCCAAAUCGCCAAAACGAUGGUCUGGGUCGCGUAAAGGUGGGUGCUUUCGUGUGAUGAGACCUCGAAGGAGAGAAGGAGGUGAUGAUGAUUCUUCGGUUUCGUCUCCAGUUUCUGAUCCUAAUGAUGAAAGGUUUAGUCAUGAGAUGUUGAGAGUUAUGUUAGAGACUAAUGAUUUCUGCUCUGAUGAGUGUAAUCCACAUCGGUGAAUAUUUUGUAUGUUUCGUUAUUGGGAUUUGGGGUUGCUUGAUUCUUAUAUUUAUAGAUUUUUUGGUUUUGGGUUUCUUUCUUUGGAUCAAUCUGUAUAGAAUCUCUCCAUCAAAUGGCUAUGAGUGUUUUGUUUCUUAUGUUUUAGACCAGUGAUGAUUCUUUAAAAGGGCAAUUGUGUAUUGAAUCAGAUUUGUUAUCGGUAGAUUUCAUUUAGUUGAGUUAGCUUUGUGGGAGAUGAUCAAACUUAUAGUAAGUUCAAUGUAUUUAGAUUAAGAUUGGCUUCAGUGCAGAGUAAAUUUAGAUGAUUUUUUUGUCUCUCUAAUGUGCC